AUGAUACACCUGGUCAACAUUUGUAGCAUUGAAGAAGCCGGAAGGUGUCCAUGUGUUCGGAGACUUUCUAACGGCUUAAAGUUAAAAGUUAUUGGGGAGGCUGAGGAAGGCGAACAUGAAAUGGGGAGUGUUCUUGAGGAAGGCGGACACGAAACGUCUCCAUCAUUCCUGAUGCAUAUAAGCGGCCACCUCCAUUCUUCCAGCAAGUCGAUCGUGAGCGGAGCUCUCCUACCUUCUCUCGACCUCGCGACCACCGGCACAGCCACCUCCGGCGCAACCCCCACCGGCCUCUCCCCUUCCGUCGGUCGUCCUUCCAGCAAUGGCAGAUAAACAUACAUGGAACAAUGAGCAAACAAAAUUCUUAUUGAACACUUGCAUUGAAGAAGUACAAAAUGUGGGUAGAAAAGGUUUGAGUUUGCACAAACAUUCAUGGAACAAAUUAGGAACAGCCAUUAAGGAAAAGUUUGGUGUGGAUUUGAGUCAAAGACAAUUGAAAAACGCCUAUGACAACCUUAAAGCCAAAUACACUGGAUGGUUAUACUUGAAAAACAAAACUGGCAACCUUUACAAUCCUCAAACAAACACUUUUAACUUAACAAAUGAGGAGUGGGAGGACUUUAAAAAGGGACAUCCGAAAGCCGCUUCUUUGAAAACUGUCCCAUUGUUGUUUCCAGAGCUUUGUGCAGAACUCUUUGAUGGAAAUAGUGCCUCUGGUAAUCUCAGCUAUGCCACAUCCCAAACACCAUCGGGACAUGGAUCAUCUUCUUUCCAUGUCGCACUACUACAACUUAUGGACACCCCUUCUGUUAACAUAGAUGAGGAUGAUAUCUUUUCCAAUCAUACCACUCAGCCACCAUCUUCUGCUGCUUCACCUUUUGGUAACCCCAACAAAAGAGCUAAACCCUCAACUCCUAGACCUCGAGCUGCUAGUGCCUCACCUGAGCCACCUUCUAGUGCCUCCCCUAAAGCUUCUAUUACUGCUGAUGAUUUAGCAUUGGAGAUGCAGAAAGCUCUACGACAUUUGACUCAAGGGCCAACAAUUCCCCAAUGUUUAGAGAAGCUAGAGUUACUCGAGUUAGGCCCAGUAGACCCUUUACGAUUUGCUGCUUAUCAUAUUUUUGGAGGGACCAGGAAUAUGAGAGAGAUGUGGGUAAAUUUGCCUAAUGAUCCACAAAUAUUAAGAGGAUGGAUCGAGAUGACAGCUACAAGUUUAGGAGUAUUGAAGGAUGGAAAGAUUGUCCAUUAAGUUUACAUAUUUGAAUUGUUUAGGUUUUAAUUGCAUGUGUUAGAACUAUGUGGUUAUGUUUUUUGGUUAUUUGGUACUUGGAUGUUAUUUGUAGUAUGUGGUUAUUUGGUACUUGAAUGUUAUUUGUAGUAUGUGGCUAUUUGGUAUUUGAAUGUUAUUUGUAGUAUUUGGAACUUGAACUAUGUGAUUAUGUAUUUUGGUUA